CCGGUGAUGUGAUGAGUCUGGGCAUGGCAUGGUAUGCAUGUCGGUCUGUGCAAAAAGGCAGUGUCCACCCGACCAGCACCCCUUUCACUCACGUCAUGAUGAUGGCAGUGUAAGCACCCACACACCCACACACAGACCGGUGGCAUCCACUCACAUCAGACAAACGGACGGCUCAUGCAGCCAAAAAUGCACCACCGCCGCAUUGCAUUGCGUUGUCUGUCAACCAGCUUAUGUUCACGACCACACACUCAAUAGGUAGAUACACACAGAUGUGGCACGUACAGCAAGGGAUGACUCACCCACCAUCGACCCCCCUACCUCCGCCCGUGGGGCACGCGUGAAGGCUGUCAGGCAGCGACCCCGACGCACCCUUCGGAUCGUCGAAGGGUGCAACGAUGUCGCGGCUCUGCUACCGAAACACGUGCACGUGAAGGCAGCAGGGGUAAUUUCACUCACCACACGUGAUACAACAGCAUCAGUCAAGGCGACCACCUCACCCUGACACACACACACACACACACAUGGAAGAGACAACAUGACGAUUGACUCCCUCUGCCGCCUGCCUGUCUGUCUGUUCUUCCCACUCACUGACCGUCUGUUGGGUCAGCAGGUGACGCCUCGCGUCAUCCACAUCGCUCUCACUCAGUGUCCCUCGUGCGCCUCCGGUUAUCAGGGCGCGGCGCAGCGAGGUGACGAUCAACGUCGUCCGUGACAGACCGAUCAUUCGUUCGUGUGUCCCUUUCCUAGCUAUGUGUGGCUCAUUCUAUGCAAUAGUGACCAGACAUUCGCACGUCCGUUCUAUACAAGAGUCAGACCAAACCAUUCACACACUUAGCAGCCGCCGACAUAGGCAGUCAGUCGUGCACACACAACGUAUACUAUGCAGUCCAGUAAGCCAUGGAAGAGCACGAACCAGCGGGAAGACAGUGGUCCAUCAGAAAAAAAAGAAGGAAAAGAACGUCCACCACUAGCUUCCCUCCCUCCCUCACCCCGUAUCCCCCUCCCCUCCUUUUCUCCUCCUCCUUGCCACGCCGCUUUCACCCGCGCUCUCCCGUCUUGCACGGUCGCCCGCCGGGCCGCCUGUGGGCAGCAAAGAUGAUGGUCCACCACGCAAACACGAUGUCCCUUUUUGGGCGGUGCUAUUGGCCGGCACUGCAUUGGCCGCGGGAGGGGUGUCCCCAUGAUUCGCGUGAUGCCUGAUUGAGCGCAACACAGAAAGGCCUGAGUGAGUGAGCAACGAGUGGCAUCCCAUCCCCUGUUGUCCAACCUUCCACAUGGCGCUUGCCGACGAUUGCACUUUUGGUCCUCAGCAACGCCUUCAAUGACCUCUUUCAGCGCGUAGAUGGAGAACGGGGUAAGUUUGCCUUCUUGAUCCACUUCGGUCAGGAGCGUGAUGAGGGAGAAGUUCCUCUCGCUAAGACAGGAGCCCAGCCAAAGAGGAAGAUCCGCACACCCACCCUGGCUGUCGUCCUGCCGCAUCUUGGCAAUCAGCUGCUCGUACUUCCAACGAAUCUCCUCCCUCCGACUCACAUCCAUCUCGCUUGAGCGUUUUUCC